AUGUCGCAACGACAGCAACAAAGCGCACCAGCGCCCUCACAAACACAAACCGAAACUCCGACACAAACACCAGAGACAAGCGAACAGGCUCCUCAAAUUCUGCGACUUCGGGGUGCACAUGCUUCCAACGGACGAUCCGUCCAGUGGGCGGAGGAUGUAAUAGACAACGAAGGUCUUGGACGCAAGAGUUCAAAAGUGUGCUGUAUUUAUCACAAACCUAAAGCUGUCGAUGAGUCCAGCGAUGAAUCCUCCUCAGAUUCUGAUUCCGACUCGGAAUCUGAUCGUGACGGCGCACAACCAGCAAGUGGUAAACGUCAGGCCUGUGGUCAUGGACAUGGGCACAACCACGGACGAGGCCGAAGAAGCGGAAAAGGCAAAGACAAGAGAGCGCCAAGUCCAAAUGCAUACGAAAAAGUGCCCAAGCCGAAAUCCAAAGAUGGGUCAUCAGAAGCCAAGUCUUAG